CGCUUAAAAUCAACAUUAUCACUUGAGAAAAGUUUGUACCUACCUAAUAAAUAAUGUAUGAGACAGUUGAAGUCGUACUAAUUUUCUCUCUGACACUUUCUUGUGUCCAGAGUCAUGUAAUGUGGGAAGCUCCCAAUGAAUUACAUCCAGUUCAUGGGCUAUACGUGAAACCUUCAAUGGACGGCACCACGGGAGAUCUUUACGUGGCAGCCACUGAAGAAAACGGAAGGAAAUCGGAAUGGUUGACAGAUCAGCCGGUCAACUUCCUCGCUCCAGCAGCGACCGUGCUCCAGCCGAAAACAGUUCCUUUGUCAGCAACCAAAACAACUCUACAAGAAGAUAAAACCAACACCCAGAAAAGAGCUAUAAUCACGAGCCCUGCAAUGAAAUAUGCUUACCCUCACGGAAUAGAUAAAACAGCUUACCCACAACCGAUACCAGUUGCAGUCGAGGGAAAUGUAGGUUUAUACCCAUAUGCAGUCCCUACAAUCGCACCAUCCGAGGCGUCCAUUCCACCUUGUUCUCCUAAUAUGCCUUCACAAAUGGCUCAACCGUAUCCGUUUCAAUACUUUUACCCGCAAAUGAUGUCUGCUAUCGCUAGCGCAAUGAAUGCCUGUAAAGGGAAUGAAGAUGGUGAGGAGAAAACUCCGAUUGCUGCACCCACGCCAUAUUGGCCCCAAGCUUAUGGAUAUCCCUAUCAGUACGUAUACGUAGACCCAAAUACAUGGGCCCAGACCCAAACUAGUGCAACGCCUUUAGAAGCACAAAGUUCUAGCAGUAGCGAAACUGCGUAAAUAGAAGCACAGCUCAAUUAUUUUAUAAAAUUAAAAUUAUUAUUCUAUUAAUUUAUUAACACUAACUUAUUAAAACCAAAUCCAAAUGUAAAAAUAGUUUAAGACGAAUUGGAAAAAAUAAAGUUUUCUCAAAAUAUGAUGUU